ACAGCCUCAGAAGUCUAAGGAUGGAGCACCAAAACCAAAGCCCCUUCCACCUCUUAUCAAUUUUCUGAUAGGCGGAACUAGCGGAAUGUUGGCGAUAUGUGUGGUUCAACCUGCAGACUUAGUUAAAACCAGAAUGCAGCUGCUAGGUCCAAAGGCGAAGGAGGAGACUCUUUAUACCGUAGCCAAGGAAAUCAUCAGAUGCGAGGGUAUGAGAGGGUUCUACACGGGUCUGUCGGCAGCUCUGUUUCGCCAAGCCACGUAUACUACUGCUAGAAUUGGUAGUUUCAACGUGUUGACAGAUUAUUAUACCGGAUCAUUUGGCACACCUAGCUUCGGUGGCAAGCUGACCCUGGGCAUGACUGCCGGGGCUAUUGGCGCUGUGGUGGGAAACCCAGCAGAGGUCGCCCUGAUCAGAAUGACGGCAGACGGUCGACUGCCGGCGUCUCAGAGACGAAACUACAAGCACAUCUUCAAUGCACUUGGCAGGAUAACGAGGGAGGAAGGUGUGCUCACUUUAUGGCGAGGAGUGGCUGCGACUGUCACCAGGGCCAUGGUGGUGAAUGCAGCACAGCUUGGCACCUACACUCAGGCUAGAGAGAUGCUACUGCCUUCCCUGGGCGACGGGAUGUUCCUCCACUUCUGCUCGUCCAUGAUCUCGGGCGCCGUCACCACCUGGGCUUCGCUGCCCGUGGACAUCGUCAAAACCAGAGUUCAAAACUCAACGCACGGGGUGAGUCAAAUUCAAGUAUUCUUGAGCAUCAUCAGAAACGAGGGUCCCCUGGCGUUGUGGAGCGGAUUCCUGCCGACCUUCGGGAAGUUGGGCCCUCACACAGUCUUCACCUUCAUAUUUAUGGAGCAACUGAUUGCCCUAAUGGUGGCGACGCUUGUAACUCAUCCACUCGAUUUGCUCAAGAUUCGUCGUCAAAUAUCGUCGAGACGAUGCGGUACGUUCAAGAUAGCGAGGCAGAUCUACAAGAGUGAGGGUCUGAAGACGUUUUAUUGCGGUCUGACGGCUGGUCUGAUGAGGCAAGCGACCAAUAUUGCGACCAGAACUUACAACGAGGUUCCGUCUAGUCACACAAAAAUGUUGAUCGGAAUUAUUUCAAGUAUGGCUGGGGGGCUGGUGGGAUGUCCUAGUGAAAUGGUACUGGUCAGGCGCAUGGCGGAGGGCUGUCACUUCUCAACUCCCAGUGGCCGUUGUAAAUGCGAUGGUGUGGCUAAAGGAACGCUUGAUUCUCUUCAAUCAUUCGGGAAGAAGGGUUUGUCGGGUUGA